AUGGUAGAGAAAAGUGAACUUCCUGAGGAUGUCUUUGAUAUUAUAUCCAAGAAACUAGAUUUUGAUGACCUCUUUCAGUUUGGUGGAGUGUGCAAGAGCUGGAGGAUAUUUCACAAAAGUUACUUGAGAGAUUUGAUGGCAUCCCAAGAACCAUUAGUGGUCCAAACAUCAUUUCUCAUGCAAGCUUAUUCUUUCUUUAGCACACCUGAACAAAAAGUGUAUGGCUCGGUGCGAAAUUGCUACUUGAGUGAGUUUUUCUAUUCAGGGUCUUCCUGUGGAUAUGUGAUUAUGGUUGGUAUUUCAAACAACAAACUUCUUCUAAUGAAUCCUUUUGUGAGAAGAAAGGUGGAAAUCAAUAUGUCAGCACUUAAUGGUAACAUAGAAUAUUUGGGUUGCAAUGCCUUAUUUGCUUUUGCAAAAGGUUCAGAGGAAUUCAUCGUAGUGGUUUCAGGUAAAUAUUUUCAAUGUUUGCAUAUCUAUGAAUCUCGAAAUUCUUGUUGGGUUACUUGUUCUGCACAGGGAGAACCUUGGACAGUAGUUGACUUUGUGGUUUUUGAUAACACCAUAUAUGCUAUCACUAACAAGGGUGAGAUAGGAGUAUUGAGGCUGAAUUCUCCAACUUUGAAAUUUCUAAAAUUGAAUAUUCCCAAGAUAAUUGGCCUUAUUCUUAAGUUGGUUAGUUGUGAUGGACAACUUCUAGUGGUUAAUUUGUUUAAGCCAAAAAUCUCGCUUAAGCUAAUUUUGUGUAAAAAAAAUUUCAAGGAAAAAUGA